AACAGUUGUUGAUGUAUAGUAAAACCGGAAAAGGAAGUCUUGCUGUAUAGAAAAACAAAACUAGAGCAUUUUUAGGAGUCGAUGGCAAAUUACGAACGAGAGAGAAAUCCACAAACGGUAUUUGUCGCAGCGAUUCAGCAUUUUUAGGAGUCGACGGCAAAUUACGAACGAGAGAGAAAUCCACAAACGGUAUUUGUCGCAGCGAUUCAGGUGAUUUUCGGAUUUGAUGGAGUCUUCUUCCUCGGUGAUAAGUCCAGAGGAUGUGUUGGAAUCGCUAAUGAAUGAUGGUACAAUCGACGCGCUCAGAUUGAAGAUUAUCAACCAGCUCAAAGCCAACGAGGAGCUUAAGAAUACCACUAUUAAAAUGGCAGAACAAAGUAAAGUUCUUAACACUCCUGGGGCAGAGAAACAGACAAAAAGAGAGCUGUUUGAUGCACUGAGACAGGAACUUGAAGCUCCUGUGCUUGAAAAGGCUUCUAAAUCAGUUUGGGAGCUAAUUUUAGACAAUAAUGGGCUUGGGAAGGAAAUUAACGAGAUGGUUGAAAGAGUAUUUUGUCGAUUGAGUGGCCGUGAGUCUCCAUUGUUUCCUUUGCAAGAUGUUGGCACUUGGCCUAAUAAAAAAAAUCAGAAUGAAACAGGAAAAGAAUUGGCUAAUGAAAGCAAGGAAAAGGAGAAUUCUCCCUCUGCAUCAAAGAAAAGGAAUUUUAGUGAAAUGAAUGCAGAAGGUGCAUAUGAAGCUGCAAGCAGGUCUGGUGAUCCUCCAACCAUACCAGAAGAGUCCACUAAGUCACCUCAAGCAUGAAGAGCAGCUGAGGUUGUCUAGUGCUCCUUAGUUGCAUUGAAGAUGUGUAGGACUUUGACAUGUACACGCAGUCCAUGAGCAGUAUGUGUGGUGGCGCGUGUAGCCAACGCCCCCCCAUCUUAACGGCAGUAUACAGUUUUUGGCUUCUCUUUUUUGACUAAUGUUCUUACUUCCCUAAUUAGAAUACAGAGAAUGGGUAUGGAAAGUUCCAUCUAAUUUUUCGGAGUAGUCAAAGUCCAAUGCAUGCAUUUGACAUAUUGCAGCUUUCAACUGUAGAUUGCGUUAGAAAUCACUGUUUAUUGCUGUACUUUCCUCGACUCAAAGAAACAUGGGUGGGUUAGGGUCAAA